CUCUAUUCAGGCCAAACGCCGCGCAGGCAUGACUCGAAAGGAUUGUGAGCGUGGUGGUUGCUGGCCCAGCCUUGCUUGCAGGCUUACUCAAGUGUAGCUUUCAGGGCGUUUAUGCUGUGAAACCCCCUGCCGAACUGUCACACGCGCAUCAAGACCCGCAAGCGUGAGGUGAGAGUGGGCGGGUGUGCUCGUUAUGUCGCCCCGACUGCCCUGUAGCUUAAGUUGCAAUCUCUGCCUAGAAAUAAGUAUUCGCUACUUUAGAAAGCUCGUGCAGACGCCCAGCGACAGACGUGUACGGCGUGCGAGUUGUGAAGCUGCCCCGCUAAGUGGCAGUCCAGCGUCCACGCUUCGAUGCAGCGAACCAAAGUAGCCAAUACUCGUAGUAACAUAGCAACCGCGCUUUGUCAGUAUCAUCCCACGUCUCUCAGCAGGUUAUGGUCCAAACUGUCACGCAUGGUCGCCAUUGCAACCCCUGCUGAAGGCCAAAGCUUCGGAGGCCUGUUGCAAGCGUAACUGACCGAGAAGUGCCAGGUGCGGGAGCAACUGAGGCGGUCUCCAUCGCGUUGGUGCUUGCCUGUUGCUGCGGCCUGCUGCGGCAGUUGGUUCACCAGGGUUCACCAAGGGUCCCUCGCUAGUCGCUACUGCCUGACCUGCAAUCCCGCAGGGCUUAACUCCCUCCCCCCGACCUCACCCUUUCCACCUCUUUUCAAUGGAUUCCUUGCGCAGGCGAGCCUACAUUCUCCCGUUUGAGCCACUGUCAUAGCUGGCGUAUGCUGCCACUGCGGGGCGAGAGCGGAGGCGGCCACGCCGCGGCUCCAAGCUCUGCCCUGGCGCCCACGGCCGCUAGUUCGUUGGCAGAGGCCGGCGGCCGCAGUGCGCCACCACAGCUAACGUCAUCCUUCUCUUCCCCCAUCAAGCUGCCCACUGGCGCGGAGGGCCUGGCAUGCUGCAGUGCAAGCCAGGAGAUGCCACGUGAGGAGACGCACGCGCAACAGGUCGCAGGUGCCGGCCGCGAUGCAGGCGCCGUGGGCCAUGCACCAACACCCGCAGCAGGCGGCGCAGCGGCAUUACCCUCGCCCUUCGCCCUGCUGGCGUGCAACCUGGUGGCGGGGGCCGGCGGGCCUGGGACCCGCAGCUGCGACCCAGCAGUUGGGCCAACCACAGCCUUAAGCGGUGUGGCUGCCGCGGCUCCAAGCCGCGUCGCAGGCGCCGGUGCCGUCUCUGUCCAGCUGCCACAGUGGACCGCUGCGGAUCAUGAUGAAGAUGAACCAAUCGGCACGGCCACUCGGGCCUAUGCCCUGUACAUCCGCGCCGCCGCGAAAGCCGCAGCUGCACGGGCGGCCGAGGCCGCUGCCGUCAGCUCGCAGGCAGCAUCAGGCGCAACAGAGGCUACGCCUGCACCUGCUGCAUGGCGCGGCGCUGCCACUUACCCGCCGGCCGCAGCCAGCUCAGCAGCAGUGUCGCCGCUGCCAUGCCCUUUCACAAUGGCAGCCAACCUCCCCUCGGAGCUGUCUGCGGACGCAGCCGGCGGCGACGUGGGGCCGCCGAGCACUGGUGCUGGCGGCGGCACCGCUGCGUUGUCUCCCACCAAUGAGGCCAGCAUCGACAGCAGCGGUCACAGCCCCGCCGCGGGCGCGCGGGGCGCUGCUUGCGCUGUGCUCGGGCUGCACACCGCGAGCGCUGGGCUUACGGUGCUGACGGCGUCCCACAUAGCCGACAGCGGCAGCAGCAGCGGCGGCAGCCGGGCCCAAGCCGGCAGCUGCUCAUCUUUAACAGGCAACAGCAGCUGCCUCGUCAGCAUCUGCGGCAGCGGCAGCGGUAGCACUGGCGGCUGUGGCGCGUCAUGGGGCAUAUGCUACAGCCACGGGACCAGCCGCAGCGGCAGCAGCCGGAUCACUGAAUCCCACGAUGCAUGCUACAGCCGCUGCAGCCGCUGCGGCAGCGGUUGCCUUCAGCACGUCACCUCGCCGCAGUCCUCGGCCCGCUCCCCGGGAGCGCUGCUGGAGAGCAAGCCCUCAGUGAGACACGCUAGCUGUGCUCUGGCGGCCACCAUUGCCACAGCUGUCGUUGGCGCCGCCUCACCGUCCGGAACCGCUGCGGCCUACUGCAGCCCCCAGCGCGGCCGCGACGCAGCCGGCCGCCACACAGAAGCGGCACCGGCCUGCCUGGACUCUGGAGCCCAGCCGUCACCGCCUCAGCCGCCCGGAUCGCUGCAACCCGCCUCACACAUAGCAGCCACAGCAGGGGCAACACCGCUGCCACCCUCCACCGAAGCCAUGCUCUUGGCGCUGUCGUGGCUGCCGCACAACGAAUUGGCAUGCAGUGGCCGCCGGAUCUGCCGCGCAGCACGCCAGGCUUUCCCCGCGCGCCUCUUGCGGGUGCGGCCAGGGCUGCCCGUGCCGUACCAUGCACGGCAUGGGAUGUACGAAGACCCGCACGCGCUGCGGCUGCUGGCGUACGAGGAAAAGCAGCGGCUGCUGGCGGCGGCAGCAGGCGCCGGAGACCUUGGGGCCGUCGUGGCGCUGAGAGGCCAGAAGCCGCCCUGCCCCUGGGGCCCAGCCGCGCCCUGUGCCGCCGCGGCCGGCGGCCACUUGAAGCUCCUACAGUGGCUGGUCGGCGCCGGCUGCCCGCUCGACUACGUUGCGGCACUGGCGGCGGCCGCCGCCGCGCCGCCACACUGUGGCGGGGCUGAGGUGCUGCGCUGGCUGGCGACGUGGAGCGGCAGUAGCAGCGCGGAUCCGGCAGCAGCAGCAGCGCCUGGUGCCUCGACCAAUGACGGAGGCAGCCAUCGGGUAUCUGAAGCCCUCGCUGCCACCCGGCGGGCUCUGUUUCGCCGGGGCGACUGCGGCCUGGCGGUUGCGGCGGCGGGCUGCGGCGGGACGGCAGCAACUGCCGCGUCAUGCGCUCCGGACUCGUCAUGGCCUUCCGUCCCCUCAUCUACUUCCUCCGCGCCAUCCUUUUCACGCGCGUCCGCGCCUGAGUUUCCACCCGCUUCCUCGUCCCUCAAGCCAUCGUUGCGUAUGCCUCUCUCGACCGCGUGCAGUGGGAGCUGCAGCAACACAGCCCCCUCCUCCUCCACCACCACCACAGCCCCCUCCUCUGCCUCCGCCUCCUCCUACGCCGCCGCCGCCUCGGCUGUCCGCAUACUCAAGCUGCAGGUGUUGGUGGCGGAGUUGGGCUGUGCCCUCAGCGGCGAAGUGCUGGCGGCGGCUCUGCGGGCGGGCGAUCUGCACACGGCGGCUUGGCUGCGGCAGCGGGGGGUGCGGCCCACGGCCUCAGGUUGGCUGGCAGCUACAACCCUGCGCCCGCCGGCCGCCGCUGUUGCUGUGUGGGGCUGGCUAGCGGAGCAGCGGGCACCGCUGGCGAGCGACGACGUUCCAGUUGAGGCGACGCUGGCCGCAGCGGUGGCCGCGGGUAAUGGCGCAUUGCUGCUGCCCUGGCUUGACGAGCGUGGAUUGCUACAGCCGCUGCUGCCGCUGCCGCAGCCCUUGGUGACCAGCCUCGCCACCUUCGCCGCCCGCUGCGGCGACAUCGCCUGCUUGCACUGGCUACUUGCGUCUGCCGGCGCAUCGCCUGGUCCUGCAGCCUCUUCUUCCAGUGGGAACACGGCAGUAGCUGCUGCUCAAAUUGUGCCAGCUGCACAUGAGGAGAUUGGGCAGGGCGGCGAGGCCUCAUGCGCGGUGGGGCCGGUGAUGACGGCGGCUGCCGCUUUGGACGGCAGCGGUCGGGGUGGCCUGGCGCUGUUGUGCGCGGCCGCCGGUGCGGGUCUCUUGGGCGUUGUCAAAUGGCUGAUGGCAGCGCAGCCCGCCAGCUGCGAGGAGGGUGGGAUUGCAAGGGGUCGAGAUGGCAGCAGUGACAGCAGCAGCUGCGGCCGGAGCCGCCUGUCUCUUGAGGCCCGCGCCCUGGUGGUCGAGGCCGCGGCCGAGGCGGCGCAUGUUGGCGUGGUGGCUGCCGCUCCCCAGGACACCUCGUGGGGCGGCUACGCCAGCUACAGCAGUCCGCAUGACAGCAGCUGCAGCAGUGACCACACUUACACAGCGGAGCCGAUGCUGCGCCUCCUUUCGGCGGCUGGGUGCCGUGCCUCCGUUCGGGCCGCGGAGCUGGCAGCCGCUCGCGGCGAUGUGCCAGCGCUGGGCUUCUUGCUGGAGCAGCUGCAAGCGCAGCCGCCCCUCGGCCCCGCAGAAGCGUCAGUCGCUGCUGCGGCCGCUCUUGCAUCGACUCCGCCGCUUGGCCCGGACCCGGACCUCGGUCCUGGGGGCGGCUGGGACUCGCAAGCAGGAGUGUGGCUCACGGCGCACAGUGGCUGCGAUCCCGCGGCAGUACUGGCUGCGGACAGCGCCGCGAAGCGCGGUCCAGCAGUGUGCGGCGUCGACAGUAGCAGUAUCCAUGUUGAAGAGGUGCAGCAGUCGGAGGCGCGUGCGGCGGUGGUGGCGGGCAGCAGCUGCAGCUGGAGCGGCGCGGGGCGACACGAUGAUGCAUAUCUGGCCGCGCUCCAUCGAAGCUGUGUGGGCCGCCGCCACGAUGACCACCGCCGCCGCCUGACCGGCCUGACUCCCGGGGCCGCGGCCCUCGACGCUGUUGCCGCUAAUGAAUCCAAGCCUGCUGUUUACGCCGCAGCUUCGUGCGGUCCGGCCGCAAGUUGUGGCGUGGCAAGUGGAGCAUCUGCUGCAGGUGGUACUACUGGUCGCGCAAUGGCUGAUGGGGCCCGUCGUCGGCAUCGCAUGGAUGCUGGCGGCAGUUUGGCUGCAGGUGGAGCUGGGGGCCAUGACCCUGUGGCGCUGCUCGAGUGGCUGUGGAGCUGUGGCGUACGGCACUGGGGUGCAGCAGUGGUGAGGCGAGCAGCGCUGGAGUGUGGCGGCGCUGCGGCAGCCGACGUGCUGGCAUGGCUCUCCACCCACCCGCCACCGGCACCACCACCACCUGCCAAUCCACCUCCGGCUCCGGCUACUGCCAACGCUACUGCCUGCGAGCCUGCGUCACCAGCUGUGCCGCGUACUCCUGUACGGCCGCCCGAAUCACCUGCUGCUGGCUCCGCACUCAACGGGGGCAUGUGCGGUGAGCCGGUUGCGGCGCGGUGCGACGGCGGCGAGUCCCUGUUCCUAGAGGCAGUUCAACACCCGAUUGCGGGCGGCCGCGCGGCUGUGCUGGAGCUGCUGAGCGGCGAGCUCGGCUACGCCAUGUCCGCACAGGCGUAUGGAGCGGCGGCUCACCGCGGUGACCUGUGCACCUUGGCCUGCCUCACUCGGCUGGGUUGCCCGCUGCCGCCGCCAGCGGCACCGGCACCAGCAGCAGCACCAGUCGCUGGAGCGGGUGUGGGGCCCGGAGAGGCGGCAGAAGCCUUUUGGUCUGCCUUCUUGCAUGGCGGCGGGGAUCACCACAGCGAUGGCAGCAGACCUGCAGGGAGUGACCAAGCCGAAGGCGCGGGGAGCGGGGUUCUGACAGGUGAUACCGCAGGCUGGCAGCUGGCGGCCCUAAAGGCGCUCGUGGAGGCGGAGCGCGGCGGCGGCAGCUUCUACAUCCGGCGCCAACCGGCACCGAGUGAGCCGCCAACAGAUCCCUCGUGCCAGAUUCCUGCCAUCCUGCAGAAUCAGCAGCAGCCUGCCGCACAGGCGGUGCUUUUCCGACGGCUGCAAACGGAGCCACGCCGGCAGCUGCGCCAGCUGCAUUCGCUCCAGCGAGAGCAGGUCCAGCCCCUGCCCGAGCCUGUGAAGUGGCAGCGCAGUGUUUCGCUUCACAGGGACGGUGUAGCCGCAGGUGCCGGUGCAGCGGAUGCGUAUGGCGACGGCCGGCUGGGACAGUGCUACAGCACAGCCGUACUGGCUGCAGCCGCCGCAGCAGCUGGAGGCAUGCAAGCGGCAGCAGCAGCGGCGGCUCUACCCGGGGCGAAGGAGGCAUUUGGGUGCCCGCUUGUGGCGGUGGCGGCGGGUGAGAUGGGGGCCGUGGCGCGGGGGGUGCUAGCGCGUGUGCGGGAGUGGUGCCUGUUUCCAGAGCGGUCGGCGGUUGUAGCCUGUGUGGAGCAGCUGAUGGAGUGAUGAGGGCGACGGAACAGGGAGAGAUGAGGGUUCAAAGACAGGCAGGCUGGCACUAACUGGUACAUGACAAGACCUGGUGCACGCGUGUUUAUGCGGUGACGCUGUCGCUAUCCAACAAUCGACCAAUGUCAAAAUUGUUUCUGUUCAAGGGCAGCCCUGGGGGUGCCUAGGCAGGCCUAGGAUAUCCACAAUGGCUUUCCAGUUUCCAUGGCCGUACCCGCGCACUGAUGACAAGCCGCAGAUUGCGACGCUUGUGUGGGUGCGAUCGUGCCGGCCUUCCGGGGUGUGUGACAUGUGACGUGCAUACCGCAUCAGGUCGGCCAAUUUGGACCUGCACGAGUACAUUAAGGCGUUUCAGAUAAGUGAAGGAGAAAUUAAAACGGUACUGGCGCCGGCCGUGCAGUGAUGGUGUGGGGCAGGUGGGGCGACGGGGACUGUCACAGCCUGCGUGCCAUGGCGCCAUGCACGUGUUGACCCAUGUGCCGGCUAUGGCAUGGGUUGUCAGCUGAACCUGCACUGGAGUGACGUAUUGCUAUCCAUGCAUCGUGUUGUGAGCCAACGCCACAGCUAUAUCAUAAGCACGCAAGGAAGAGCCACGC